AUGUCUAGUAGUGUGAUUGUAGUAGGGCUUAUACUUGGAUUAAUAAGUUGGUUUGCUUAUAAACAAACAUUGGAUGAAUCACAAAGAAUUGGAAGAGUAGUAUUGAUUCUAUCACUGGUAGUUUGUUAUUUAAUAUGGGCUAUUACAUAUCUUGCACAGUUACAUCCUUUGUUGGUACCGCAAAAAGCAGGCUAA